GGACAGUGGUCCAGGCACACACUCAGUAAAAAUUGACUUCCUGUAACGAAACUGGAAGAUAUCGAUAUUUUGAUUUAAUGUUAGCCUUUAUUUCAUCAAUAUUUCUGAAUGCAACUGUUAUUUGAAGCUCUUGGGUUCUGCAUUCUGCACAAAACAGGCUUUUGAAUAAUUCAGUUCCUGACCUUUUAUGUUUUAAGCUGCAUCUGUUUGUGCUCCACCAAGUAGGCUAGCUUCUGUGGCUAACUGUGUCAGCCUCCAUAGAUUUCUUCUGCACACAGAGCGGUAGGCUGUUAGCUGAUUGUUUUGCGUUCUGUUGACAAAACAUCAACAAAAGGCUACGUGAUUGCUUUCUAAGGCAGGUAAAUCCAAAAAUAUGAGCGCAGAAGCCUCAAACCCAGCCGCCACACCCACUCCCUGUGAAGACACUCAGGGAGAUGGACGGUGGAUGUCUCAGCACGUCCGCUUUGUUUCUGAGAGCAAAGAUAGAGAGCCUGAUGUCUUGUUUGUGGGAGACUCUCUUGUUCAGCUCAUGCAUCAGUUUGGGAUAUGGCGGCAGUUGUUCUCUCCUCUUCAUUGCCUUAACUUCGGAAUUGGUGGAGAUGCAACCCAACAUGUGCUGUGGAGACUGAGCAAUGGGGAACUGGAUAACAUCAGCCCAAAGGUCGUAGUGCUUUGGGUUGGCACGAACAAUCACGGUCACACAGCUGAACAGGUUGCUGGUGGUAUCAUGGCAAAUGUCCAAAUCAUCCACAACAAGCUCCCCCAUGCCCACACGCUUGUGCUUGGUGUACUUCCCAGAGGUAGAAUGCCAAACUCUCUACGAGAACGAAACGCCAAGGUGAACAAGCUAGUCCAGGAUGCCUUAUCGUCUCUUUCCCAUGCCUCCUUCUUUAACGUGGAUCCAGGUUUUGUCCUCUCUGAUGGAAGCAUCUCCCAUCAGGAUAUGUACGACUACCUUCACCUGACCGCUCACGGAUAUCAGGCUGUGUGUGAACCCCUGCAUGCUCAGAUUAAGUCCCUGUUAGAAAAACCAGCAGAGAACUGAGUAUCCAGCUUGGAAACAUUCACUACCACAGUGGUCUUCGUCCCUGUUUCCAGAGAGCAUUGCCCUCAGCUUUAUAAGGCUUUGGAUGUUGAAAAAAAUCAGCUAAUUAAAGGGCUAAGAGCAGCAUUUAAUCUGUAUAAGGCUUCUCUAUAACCAGGGUUGGUGACCACUGUAUAAGCGGACCAUAAGGUUUUUUGUGUUUACAAUACAAAGAUGAGAUGUGUUGUGCUAUAGAGAGAGUGUGUCCUUGAAACCCUUUAGCUUCGUAUUCCAUCCCUUUUAGGUUUUUGGCAUGAAAUUUAUCAUUCUAUUGUUACCAAAUACAUGGACGAACAUGACAACAGCAUCUCCAGGGUUCAGAUGACACUACAGGUAAAAAGACAUUAGAUCAACUUUCAUCAUCAGUUACUCUGAUUAAAGAUUGUUGAAGUAGGCACCAACUUUCCAGUUUAAUCAAUUCAUUCUCCUGUCAAAACAUUAAACUGCAAUGUAAAAAGCUUUGUCCACAACUAAGUGUUGCACGUUUCAUCCCUUUUGCUCCAUGAACUCUCAUGAACUAUUGGAGAAUAAUGUAAUUUUCUGAUGGAAAAAAUUCACUACUGCACUGCCUUUCUGACAGAACUGAAGCAAGAUCCAGUUGAAAAUGGUUUGAAACCCCUGGGAUUUGUGCCAGAAUUUGCAUGCAUGCUAGAAACCACUGCCCCUCACAUUUGAGCUAUCGUUUCUUUGUAUCACAAGUUUCUAUGAAUCGGUUUUAAUUUUUUUUUUUUGAAUUUGUCUUGGUGGUUUAAGAAGCAUUAAAGUUUGAUUUGCUUUAUGUUGAACCAGGAAUGUUUUCAUGAAAUGUUCACAGAAACGAACUGGGAAACAACCAUCAUUCAUGAUGUAAAUUCAAAAAAAUGCUUUUUCUGCUUUGAAAAUGUCUGUCUUUACUGUGAUUUUUUUUUUUUUUUCCUUUUGUAUAUGUUAAGUCCUAUGAACAAAACGUUGUCUGUGUGGCAAAUAGUUUACCAGUCAGUUUAUUUUACAUUAUGUCAUGUUAUCUCUUUGCCUUUAUACCUUUUUCUCCUCACCUAUUGUAAUGGCAGAAUAGUUCCAUGUUAGUGGCUGUAUAUAUCUUGUGGUCAUAAAUGUAUUAGUUGCUUGUGCUUCAAAUUUGAACUUUUCUGCAACAUAAUGGCUAACUCGCCCCUUUGAAAUGCUUUACUUCACACUAUGAUGCUUGGGAGCCACUGAAUAAGGAAGGUGCCACAGAAAAAUGAAAUGGUCCAGGAUGACAAAAUGUGCAAGUGAUGAAAGAAAUGCAUUAAACUUCCAAACACUGA